CGUUCGCGUAAAAACUUUUGAAAGAGCCUAUCAGCGCGAGGGAGGUACUUUUAAACCGUUCGCAGCCUUCAGCGGUGCUGAGCCCAGGCAGUGAGCGGCCUGCGCCAUGGAUCCUGACGUUUCGUCGCCUAGGCGGCUGGUGCGGCUUCUCAAGGAAAGACAUAGAGGUUUCCAGAUGUACAUGCAGCGCCUGAUAGCGAAGUAUAACCAUCCCUUUGAGGACGACCCGCUGGUGCAGAUGGCCACGCUGACCUACGAGACACCCCAGGGACUGAGAGUUUGGGGAGGAAAGCUGAUAAAGGAAAGGAACAAGGGACAAACUCAGGACCCUUCUGUGAAGAUGAUUACCAGACUAAAUAAGCAAGCUCUGGAGGACACUGAGCGUUUCCAGCUCUGGACAGAAGUCCUGGAAGCUGAAAGCAGCAGUGCAGAUACAAGGUCAGACCAAGAGGAACAGCUAUCUUGCACCUCGAUGCUUUCAGUGCCUGGAAGCCCUUUGAAAAAUGACUUAAGAAGGAAGUACUUGGCCAAGAUGCAUGUCCGGCUUCGAGAUGAGGAGUAUUUUAAGAACGCCGAGAAGAGAGACGGAAAAGAUACACUCAUGACUUGGGUUCCUCCCUCACCUGUCACACCAGAACCUGGAUGCCAGGAUAGUAUCUCUACAGUGAGCCUUAGUAGCCCUAAAGAGUCAACUUCAGCUGAUAUGAGCCUUAUACCUAGAAAUGACAGCUUCUCCUUACUAGAGACCAGCAGCAGCAGUUUAAACAACCAGUCCCUUGAGGCUGAUGACAUUUGCAAUGUGACAGUCAGUGAUAUGUAUGAAGGCAUGAUCCAUUCGAUGAGUAGGCUGCUGAGCCUAAAGCCAUCGUGCAUAAUCUCCACCAAGACCUACAUCAACCAGAACUGGAACCUCAGGAGGAGGCUCUCACAUAAGAGUGGGGUGCACUUGAAUAGGACAUACUGCUAUGGGAGCAAGCCCUCCCGAAGGAGCUCCAAGAAGGGGCCCUGCUCAGAGCCAGGGAAAGAGGCCACGAUACUAAGAAACUGCACCAACCUACCGCACAUUGUUACCCUCAAGACAGACUUAAAACUAGAAAGGGAAGCUUUCGAAGGAAGCAAACUCCAAGUCCAUAAAUGCAGUCCAGCUUGGAAGGCGCUUCACAGGACACCUCAGAAGUGUUUGAACUUAAACACACUGAACUGUCUUGAGCAAGAAAAUGGAGCGAAGGCAUUCCCGUUGCUAAUUUCACCUGGUAAAAUAGUUCCCAGACCAAGGAUGCUACCUGGGGAAAUUGAAAUGAAAUUUGACAAACUAGCUCAGGAAUGUAGCCUGUCUUCUGGGAAACAGCUUUGCCAGACUGGCCCCACUGAGUCCUGGGCUGUAGAUGUGUACAGAGGUGGUUCUAGAAGCCCAGGCAGCCCCCAGGGCAUAAAAACCCACAGGUUGAGUUCACUUUUCAACAGAGAAAAGGCAAAGAGGUCAAGUGAGGCUUUUGAAGACCUGAGCAAAAUAUCUGUCAAAGCAAAUAGAUCCCUCCCGAGGAGCUAUCCUGCUCUGUUGGCGUCAGAGGGCAGCACCUCACAAAACCCAGGCCUUUCUCAGCAGAAGGCUGGCCUUUUUCUUCAAGAACCUGAUUCUGGACCAAUCAGAAGAAAGACAGUAUCACCCAGGACUGCUAUUUCAGCACCAUGGAGAGGGUCUUGGCCCAGUGGACUGGACCACUAUGAAGAGAUUAAAAAAGAAUUUGAUAAGAUUUAUCAGAAGUAUUGCCUGAUGUCACCUCAGCGGGUGAAGGUGACCUCAUAUGUUAGAGUAUCUCCAAAAAAAGCUGGUGCUGCUCUUCCUUGUCAGACAGCCGACUUAAGAAAAUUAAAUCCAGACUCUGGAUUCCAGCAUUCUCUAAAAUUGUCAGCAUCUGACGGGAACAGAAGCCCGCGUGGCUCAGUUCCAACUGAGGCACACGUAUCUGCGCGGACUGCUCGUACCUCUGAGAGAGACCCUCCGAUCCCAGCCAAGAGGUGCAAGUUGUCGUACUCCCCUCAGGAUUCUUCAGGAGCAGUGGACCAAACAAUGCCCUGGCCAUAGAAGCAGACUAGCCCCGUGUGGCCGGGCUGCUGAGGAGGUGUUUCUGUCUGUUGAGCCUGCCGGCUAUGUGGAGUGAGUAGCUGUGGGGAGAGAAGGCACUAUGGCAGACACUUCUCUUUCUCUUGCUGGAGAUGGUACAGUCAACCACUGCAGCUCCCUCCCCGUAGCCGUCAGCCCCUGUCCAGCUACCUCCCCUCUUCCACAUCACCAACAUCUUUGUCUUUUCAUGUGGAGUGUUGGUGCCUUGGGCUUCCCCAACCACUCAGCCAAACUUACCCAUUAUUUGGUCUCCUAAUUAUAUUCAAGGGGAUUCUCAAUGGCAUUCUUUUAAUUUUAAUUAUUUACCUUGUCUCUACUCCCCCCUCCCCAUCUUAUCCGUCCUCACUUGUGCCUCUGUGUAGUUGAAUGUCUCUUGGUAUCCACGGGUCUUCGAGGGGACAUGGUGUAGACAUGGGUAAGUCCAUGGAUUUGGGGCACAACACAACCAUUGGCUUGAUCUUUGGAGCUCUGGGUUUUGUGGGGCUUUUUUUUUUCUUUUUGGAGGUUUUUGUUUCAUUUGGUUUUUGAGGCAGGGUCUUAUAUAGUGUGAGCUGACCUCAGCCUCACUGUAUAGUCUGGGUGCCCUUGAGUUCCUGAUCCUUCUGCCUCUGUUUCCCAAAUGCUGAGAUUAUUUUUGUUUUCUAAUUUAUUUCCACGGAUAAAAUACUUUGUGAACUAUAUAUUCCUGGUUGAACUUCCAGAAAGGGUCCCACCUAGGAUCAGGCCAGACGACACAGAAGGAAUAGGACCAGACCUGCAGAGCAACCCCAGUCCUAGGUGCCUUGCCAACUGGUUCUCUGGCUGCCUGGUGUGGCAGUGUCCCUGGUAGGGUGUACCCGCCAACAAUCCCCUUUGCUGUUGAUCUUAAGUUGUUUUGUCUAAUUGUCUCAACCCCCAGAUUGCCCUUUGGCUUUCCUAGGCGAAACAGCCACCGUUGUGUGUCUCAAUGGCCUGCUCCAGACACUGGAAGUGAUUGUGAGACUGCACUCAUGUUUGGGUCCUAAGAUCCUCUAGAGACCUUAGCCACUUACAGAUAGUGAGUGGGUACAGUCUGCCUUCAACUUGCCCAGUAGCCUUUGUAAAUAACUCCCAGCCCAGCAACAUAAACAGCUACAACUUGGUGCCCAUUGGUGCACUCUGCUAAUGGCAACAAACAUUGUGCUUGGCUUUCACCUUGGUUUUUUGUUGUUAUUUUGGGGGGGGGGUUGUUUUGAGGUGCUAAGGAUGGAACCCAAGCUUCAUGCUCUCUUCAUGAGAGCUGACACGGACCCACACUCCAGUCUGCCGACUUGAGUCUGACAGGUUCCCAGUGCACUUGAUGUUCUAGUCACCUCUGCUGGAGCUGGGCUUACUCUGGGUUCACGUGAACCCAUCUAGUGCCAAGCAUCACAAGUAACUUCUCUGAUUUCUUAGUUUUCUGAUAUUAUGUGUAAUACAGUAGCUAGAGAGCUUAAGCCUUCUGUUGUGCUUUUGUUGUUGUUUGUUUGUUUGUUUUGUUUUUCGUGACAGGGUUUCUCUGUAGCUUUGGAGCCUGUUCUGGAACUAGCUCUUGUAGACCAGGCUGGCCUCGAACUCACAGUGAUCCGCCUGCCUCUUCCUCCCAAGUGCUGGGAUUAAAGGCGUGUGGUGGGAUUAAAGACCACCACCUGGCCGACUUAAACCUUUUACUCUCCUGAAUUCUGUUACUUUAUAAAAGAAAAUCCACAUCAGAAAUGGGACAUUUCCUCAGUUCUGCUGGUCACCUUUUAGCCUAUAAGUGUUCUACACAGUGGGGAGGGGAGCCCAAGGCACAGAUGUGUGUAGAUAUCUUAUAUGAUAUAUCUUGGGCCAGUGCACAAGUGGCUCUACAGUUAUUGAUAUCAACACUUUACUGCUUAUUCAAUGGGAGCCAAAAAAUAAAAAGCUACAAAAGUCACCCUUGCUGAGAGGUCUCAGCAAGCUAGUUGCUUCUGACUGGGUGAUUGCCUCCCUGGUUGGGGUUGGGAAUCCCCUGUGUGGUGCUGCCUUCAAUACAGUUGCCUGCCCUAACCUCACCCUAGACCACUCUGUUGCCAUCCCAAGACUUAGAAAAUCUGUCCUUGUUCUCUCUUCCGCAUCUGUUUACUAGAUACAGGGCUAAUUACCCCUUUUCCUCCUUGCCAAACUGUUCUAGGGCCCCACUGAACUGUUCCAGCAACAUUCCUUGAGCACCUCAGGCCGGGGUAAGCUUUGAACAUUGCUUCCCCAGGGUGUCAUGGUUGGCUACAGAUACAUCUUUUGCUUUAGGAAUUAGGCCCCUGGGGGCAGGCUGGUCAGUAAUUUCACCUUCGCUUGCUGCUUGGCACCGUGCGUCAGAUGUGGGCGAGCACUGCAUGACCACACCCACAAAGGCUCAGCAAAGGAUGAAGAGGCCCCAUUGCCCCUUGGUCAGCUCUGGGAUGCCGUGUCCACAUAGCCAGGAACCUGCACUCCAGAGAGCCAUGGCGGAAUAUUUCAGAGGGAGAAGAGAGAUGGGUACUCAUUCUUUAUCAAGUUGUUUUUUGUUGUUGUUUUUUUCUACAAAUGAGAUCAUUUUCUACAAAAUGAUUUGCCUUGCUAUGGCUGACGUGACCCUGACGAGAGUUUACACCUUACAUUGGGGCCACUUAGGGCAGUCCUCUGGGUGAAGCCAAGAGCCAGUGCUGAUUGCAGUUGUCCAGGACUUUGAGGGUCUCCAAGGCUGCCCUCCUGACGCCAGCAUCGGAAUCUAGCUGUAGGUCCUGGAGAGCUGAGUGGGAAUAGAAAAGAGCAGGCCUUCUGGUCAGGACCACAUGAAUUCUGCUGAUUGAGGCAGGCUGACACCAGCAGGGACACCCCUGGGAAGCUGGUGUGGAAUCAAAAGUGGGCCAUAGGCCUAAGUUCCCACACUCUCCACACACCUGUCAGGACUCCUUACACCACCUUGGCUGUGGGAUUGGGGCAGAGGCUGCUGAAGUAGCUGAGAACGGGGAUGGCAUGGACUCCACCUACCAAAUGGUCCUGGAAAUCUCUCCCUACAUGCAGUCCCAGGUCCAGCUAUUCCCUCUUCCCCGAGCAGCUCACAGUCAGGAGUCACCAGCCCUUUCCCAUCAUGGUCUCAAAGUGUCAGUGAGUCAUAAAUUUCUACAACUGAGUCUGUGCCACUUAACAAUUCCGAAGCCCCACAAGGUCCAUCUUCUUCAGAUAAUGGGCAGACAGCUGCUUCAUGAUAAUUCCUGAAAUGACAGAGGUACUCCUUAUACCAGGGAGUGUUCAGCAGACAGUUCUGCCUCCCUCCUUCAAGAGGUGCAGGUUAAUCUAUGAAGAUAUCUGUCAAGUAUUGUCAGGCUGAAGUCGGUAGUGAGCACCCUUAUUCAAGCAAGUAUGGAGCCCUGUGAACUAGUAGGCCCGGUACUGUAAGGUAGACCUAGAUUCUCAUCCCAGCCCAGACACUUGUCUCUCCAUCCAGGCCUGGGGCUUCAAGGCUCCCCUUAGCCUGAACACAUCUGUCCGCUCACCUGCCAAGGCACAGGCAGCGAUUCUGAUCCUUGACAAAUUGCUCUUCAUGAAGAUCGUUGUUUCUACCAGGAAGCCACAAAGAGUAGCAGGCUUUUUCUGGGCCUGCAACAAACAAGUGCUACAUGUUGAGGGUGAGAUGGGGACAGGCAUUCCCAUCUGAUGAGUCAGUGCUUGGCCAUAGAGGGCAAGGACCCCUCCCAGCACCACCCAGCAGAGCAGCUGGGCCCAGUAAUGACCCUUAGCUCCUGGUUUCGUAAACCUGUGCUGUCCAAAACACCAGCUACUGGCCACUCUUGGCCCCCGAGUGUGGGAACAUGGCUGAUGGGAAUAUCAGGGACCUUCCUGGACUUGGUCAUAAUUUAGUUACCUGGAUCUAAAUAAAUCCUAUUGUCAAAAUUAA